CCUUUCCUACUUGUUACCUACUUUGCUUCCCUUCUUCCUCUCUUGUUGACCUUCAAUAAUCAUUGUCGUUGCCUUUCUUUGCCCGGAAGCAAUUCGCUGAGUCAUUCAUUGUAACGGUGAUUUAUCACCAAGUCGCUCCUUAACAAACAAACAUUUCAAUUCAGGUCAGCCGAGGAGGUUCUACUUAGCGCUUCUUAACUUACCUCUCUAGGUGUUUGCUUGUCCACGUUCUCUUCAAGCCUGUUGUACUUCCGGCCCAGUUUUCGAGAGAAAGGUGCAGCCCAACAUAUACAUAAAAGUAAUAUUAACGGGUCGAGAGACGCGAAAUAUCUCUACACAAAAGAACAUAUAUCCUUGGAUAGUCUCACAUUCGGGAAGAGCAAACAUCAUUAUCAAGGACUCCCUUUCGAUCGCUCACGAUGAAGUACUCGACCGCGCUCGUCGUGGCCACGGCCUCGGCGGUCAACGCGGGCUUCUGUACCGAUGCCUUUGAAGAGUUCGGAAACUUCUUCUGCCCUAAUGCGGUUAAGCAAGUCAAGUACAGUGGCCUCGACAUCGCUGGCAAGUACCGCGCCGUCGCCCAGAUGGACAACAGUGGACUAUGCACGUUCCAGGACAAGGACUAUUCUGGUCCCAUCGCCCCGUUCGACGAGGAUUUGACUUUGCACUUCCGAGGUCCCCUCGAACUGAAGACUGUCGCUGUAUUCACCCCUUCUUCGAGUGCGUCCAAGCGAGAAGUCCAGAGACCUCACUCCAAGCGCCAUGGCCACCAGCAUCUUCACAAGAAGCACCACGAACACGCCAAGGCCGAUAAGCGUGAAGAUAUGGUCGUCGCCACGAUCGAUGGCCAGGUAGUGUCGUGGGUGAACAAUUAUUUCGGUGGUGGCGCCGAGACCACUGCCCCUGCUUCGGCUUCCGCAGCUACGGAGACCCCUGCUGCUUACCCUGUUGCCUCUGCAUCCGACAGCAGCUCCGAAGCGCCAGCUCCGUCGGCGUCUAGUUCUGCCCCCGUCGACGUUCCUGCUGGCGACUUCCAACGUACCGCCUACUACAACUCUCAGGACCAGACAGCCGAUGGUCUUGUUUUCCUCGGUAACUUUGGUGACCCGGCUAUUUCUGGUACUUGGGACACUGUCUGGGGUGCUAGCUUGGCCUACGCUAACGAGGAUGGCACCAAGGCUGCUCCCUCCCCCACCGUCCUUAAGGACUGCCGUAUUGAUGACACCAAAGAAAUCAUUAUCGCUUCUGACGAAAAGUGCGAUGACAGCUGUGGUGCCGUUCGCCCUGGCUCUGUUGCUUACAAGGGAUUCAGUGGUGCUAACAAGGUCUUCCUUACCGAGUUCUCUAUGCCCCUGAGCGGCCAGACUGGCUGGAACAUGGACAUGCCCGCAUACUGGCUGCUGAACGGUGCCAUUCCACGAACGGGCCAGUACAGCAAGUGCAGCUGCUGGUCUGGCGACAACUCGAGCCCCCAACAGGGUGGUUGUGGUGAGGCCGAUAUCAUCGAGGUCCUCCGCUCCGGUGACACCAAGGCCAAGUCGACUUUCCACUUCGCCGCCGGCACUGGUGACUCCCACUACUUCGACCGCCCGACCAAUAAGACCAUUAAGGUUGCCGUCGUCUUCCAGGCUGCCUCGUCCACCGCCUCUAUCAAGGUCCUCGACGACGACUUCGACAUGACCGGUACCAGCCUAACCUCCGACCAGGUCGAGGAUAUGAUCAACGACGAGCCCGAUAUCAACCUCUUCAGCUUGAUGACCUUCGGCUCGUAAAAGUUUCCGGGGGGGUUUAGUCACGAGAGACGAGGGUGACGGGGGGAGGAAAGGAGGAAAGGAAGGAGGGGUGAUGGUCUGGGGACGACGGUUGACGUCUGCUUCUGGACUUGCUUUUUUAUGUGGUUUCUACGAUGGAUAUAGGAGCAGUUGUGCAAUGUGUUUUUCUGCGCCCGAUAUUCCCCUUUUUGCAUAUUUUGAUCUGAUGAUUCUACAGCCUCAGUGGGUGUCGCCUCGUCCCGGAGUGUUUGCUUGAAGCGUGAAGUUGCUGCUGUUGUUGUGAAGUGGGCCAAAUGUGAUAUUUUGGGGAGCUCUACUGUCUACAUGUUAGAGGUGGGUCGGCUAGAUUGCUUUGGCGUUGGAAGAAGGUUUGCUGCUGAGAAGAUUGCGCGGGCCUGUCGUGAUACCGUGAGGCUCCGCGUGGUCUCGGGAACAACCCGAGACAGAUCUGGUGUUCCGUGAUAUUUCGCUUAAUUUACCAACUUCCCGAUUACAGACCCGUAAUUUUCAUCCUGGACGAUAGGUACUUUAAUGGUAUACCUUGUACCUUUAUCUUGUGUUGUAUUAGGAUAUAUGUAAUAGUCUAGGUUAGGUAGGUACUUAAGAGGUUCCUUUAAUGUAUAUACAACAUACAGUUAAUAGCCUAUUAGACCUAACCAUCUGUACAAACGGGGACUUAUUCAGGUAAUCUUUUGUAAAUCAUAAU